CGCCGUCGCCGCUGCUGUGGCCGCCGCCCGGCCCAGGGACAAGACCCUUGUUGCCCGCGGUGUGAGUGAAACUCGACGUGUGCCCUGCCGCGAAGAUGGAGGGGCCCUUGUCCGUGUUCGGGGACCGCAGCACUGGGGAGGCGAUCCGCUCCCAGAACGUCAUGGCUGCAGCUUCGAUUACCAAUAUUGUAAAAAGUUCUCUUGGUCCAGUCGGCUUGGUUAAAAUGUUAGUGGAUGAUAUUGGUGAUGUAACCAUUACUAAUGAUGGUGCGACCAUCCUGAAGUUACUGGAGGUGGAACACCCUGCAGCCAGAGUUCUUUGCGAGCUCGCUGACCUGCAAGACAAAGAAGUGGGAGACGGAACUACCUCCGUGGUUAUUGUUGCAGCAGAACUUCUAAAAAAGGCAGAUGAACUAGUCAAACAGAAAAUUCAUCCCACAUCAGUUAUUAGUGGCUAUCGACUUGCUUGCAAGGAAGCAGUGCGUUAUAUCAGUGAGAAUCUAAUUAUUAACACUGAUGAACUUGGAAAGGAUUGCCUGAUCAAUGCUGCUAAGACAUCGAUGUCUUCCAAAAUCAUUGGAAUAAGUGGUGAUUUCUUUGCUAAUAUGGUGGUAGAUGCUGUACUUGCUGUUAAAUACACGGAUGUCAGAGGCCAGCCUCGCUAUCCAGUCAAUUCCAUUAAUAUUCUGAAAGCCCAUGGGAGAAGUCAGAUGGAGAGUAUGCUCAUCAAUGGCUAUGCGCUCAACUGUGUGGUGGGAUCCCAGGGCAUGCCCAAGAGAAUAGUUAAUGCAAAAAUUGCUUGCCUUGACUUCAGCCUGCAGAAAACAAAAAUGAAGCUUGGUGUACAAGUGGUUAUUACAGACCCUGAAAAACUGGACCAGAUUAGACAGAGGUAUGUUGAGAGAUUCAUUUUUGACCUUGGACAGGGGGUGUUUGUAAAGUACCCUUUUUUAGACAGUAAGCUGAAAAGAAUGAGUGGUAGGUCUAAUAGGUAGCAGGAUAUGAUGAUU